GUAGUCAAAAGGUUUGGGAUUUUGCUACGGCUUUUCGGGUGCGGAAACUUUUCGGGACCCUCGAGAAACGGGCCCUGAACGUACACAUAGCUAGGAUUAAAUGAAGUUUCCAAUUUAUCAAAAAGAAAUAUAAAUUAUGAUAAUUGCUUGUAGAGUCUGUCCAUAGACGUUUUUUUUUUUUUUUUUUUUGUCAUUUAUUUUUCUUCUAGAGCGAUAGCAAAGCGCGAGAGCGACCAUGAAGGAGGCGAAAAAAGGUCUUUCCCUAGCCCCAACCCCCUUGCGUUUUGGCUCGUUCAUAUCCCCUGUGGUUAAUAUUUUGCUUCCGAUCUUGACAAACUAAAGACAAAAGAGGGUCUGUGGAUAGAUUAUAAAGGAGAAUAAACCUUGACUUCUGGGUCGAUUUUCGUACCAGACUUUCAUCAGAAUAUCUAAAGAUAGAAUGGUAUCUUAAUUGACCUAUUUUCUCUAAAGUUAGCUAAAGUCCUAUCAAGUCAGCGAGAGUUGAAUAAAAACCGCGCGGCAGACCAGGGAGGAAGGGCCAAGGCCAGAUUACCAGCCGCUGUACGGGAAAGGAGCCCGCGCUCCUCCCCCGAAAUCGUCAGAAAGCGGCGGAAAUCGAGCUUAGGAAGGACUAAACUAAGAAAAGUAGAGUUUAGAAAGGGGAGCAGAAGUGAGUAAGCAGUUUAAUGUACUUUAAGUUCGAUUACUGUACGAAAGAGUACAAAAAUUUGCGGAAACGUGUGAGCGUUCAUUGACACGGAUACAGUCCAAACAAAUUCGAAAGAGGAUAGGUAGGGAGUCCUUUAUUUCUUUCUCUCUAUAUCAUUAUUUUUAUUAUUCUCUUUAUUUAUUUUAUUUUUUAUGGGGUGUGUAAUGAAAUAAUGGAAUACAAACAAUAUAACUUCAAGUUACGAAUAAAUUAUAUUUUUUGUUCUGAUUUCUAUGUAGUGUUAUUUCAACAGUGGGAGAUUAUGGCGUACUGUGGUGGGAUGGGAGAGUGUGGUCGUCUAAAGCUAGAAAACUCAAGAACACCGCAUAGUUAUUGAGCGUUUAAACACUUAGAAGCUGUUUUAAAAUCAUUCAGACUAUUUAACGGACUCUGAUUGGUCGACUAUCUGUUUUGCAUGAACUGGCUCGAUCUAAAAAUGAUGACGUCAGGCGUAUAUAAAAGAAAUUGCAGGUAAAAUUAAAAAUUGACUGCUGUGUGAGAAUUGGAGAGAGUAUGAUUCAGUGUUAUCGGUUUAAUCCUUUUUAAAGAUCACUUUAUUGCGCGAGGCUUACAAGUAGCUGCUAUCUGGAUUCCAAAGGCAAGCAAGGCUUCCGCCGUCACGCUAUUCAGCGCUGUAAAACCGUUUGUGACUAAAGUAGUCUUGCGUGAUAUGAUGUAAAAUGUCACAAGGCCAUCAUCAGACAGUCGAAUCAUUCUACGGUAUCUGCAUUUGACAUCUCAUUGAUAGCUUUAUUGCAGCUUGGGUUCAGUUAAAUGUUAUGGCGUCCUUCCAGAAACAAGCGACACUUCUCAUAUUUCUCGGUGUUUUCUUUCUGACAUCAGCCAUCGCCGAGCGUGUCCUUGAUCAGGAUAAAAUCGACUGCUACCCUGAAGUUGGAAACCAAACUCUUUGCGAGGCUCGGGGAUGCACAUGGGAGCAAUCAGGCACUAAGGGGGUUCCGUGGUGCUUUUUUCCAAAAUCGUACCGAGGUGGAUACAAGAUUGAAGGCGAUGUGCGGGAAACACAACUAGGUUACCAAGCUACACUAAAAAGACGCUCUGCCAGUACCAUAUAUGGGCAAGACAUAGAUGAGGUCACACUUGAUGUAGAGUUCCAGACAAAUAACCGAGUCAGGUUUAAGCUCUAUGACUCCAAAACGCAGAGAUAUGAAGUACCAGUACCUAUGCCAAAGGCGAUGUCAAAAGCUUCAGAUCCGACGUACACAGUGGAGUUCAAAAACGAUCCUUUCUCUUUGAAAAUACUACGAAAAGACACCGAUGCUGUACUAUGGGACUCCUCUGUUGGUCCGUUCAUAUUUGAAGACCAGUUCAUACAGAUCUCGACCCAGCCCCCCUCGUCAUUUGUGUAUGGCUUUGGUGAACAGGAGCAUCAGACGUUUAAACACAACUUAUCAACCUGGGAGGUGCUUGCUAUCUUCACUAGAGACCAGUUUCCAUUUAAUGGAGGAAAUUUGUAUGGGCAUCAUCCUUUCUACACUUGUAUGGAGAAUGACGGCAAAUCUCAUGGAGUUUUUCUGAUGAACAGUAACGCAAUGGAUGUCGCCCUACAACCAAUGCCGGCCAUUACAUAUCGAACAAUCGGAGGAAUUCUUGAUUUCUACAUUUUCCUUGGUCCUUCCCCUGAGGACGUAGUCAAACAGUAUACUGAGGCUAUCGGUCGCACAUUUUUGCCUCCAUACUGGUCGUUAGGAUUCCAGCUGUCUCGUUGGGGUUACAACAAGAUUGAGACUGUGAAAGGCCUGGUAGAGAACAUGCGUAAAAAUGAUCUUCCACAGGAUGUGCAGUUUGGCGACAUUGACUACAUGAUCCGACAGAAAGACUUUACUUAUGAUCCUGUCAACUUCAAAGGUUUGCCUGAAUUUGUUCGCUCCAUCAAGAAGGACGGUUUGCGUUACAUCAUUAUACUGGACCCUGCUAUUGGAGCCAACGACACUGGUUAUCGUCCUUACGACUGGGGAAACGAACUUAACGUGUUCAUCAAAGAUGGCGACUCUAGAAAGAAUGAGAACCUUUUUGGAAAGGUUUGGCCGACAUUUGAAAACGUCACAGUUAACAGCAGCUUAGAUUGGGACGAGCAAACAAGGCUGUACCGUCAGUAUGCCACAUUUCCAGACUAUUUCCACCCAAACAUCAGUAAAUACUGGGGACAACUCAUCAGGGACUUUCACAACAUCAUUGAAUUCGACGGAUUGUGGAUCGAUAUGAACGAGCCUGCCAACUUUGUUCCUGGGAGUGUGAGUGGAUGCAGCAAAAACACGUGGGACUAUCCUCCUUAUAAACCAAGGAUUGUCGGGAAUAUCUUGGCGGAUAAGACUGUGUGUAUGAAUGCAAAACAAACCAACAGUCUACAUUACAACGUUCACAGCUUGUACGGCUGGAGUCAGACAUUGGUCACCCUGGACGCUGCCAGGCAAAGCACAGGAAAAAGGAGUCUGGUGAUUUCAAGAUCGACAUUCGCCAGUAGCGGAAAAUAUGCCGGUCAUUGGCUGGGAGACAACAAGGCAUCAUGGGACCAACUCCAUCCGUCAAUAGUUGGUAUGCUCGAGUUCAACCUCUUUGGCAUUCCCUACAUCGGAGCAGAUGUUUGCGGUUUCUUCGAUCAUCCGACACCAGAGAUGUGCCUACGGUGGACUCAACUUGGCGCCUUUUAUCCUUUCUUCAGAAACCACAAUGGAUUUGGAAACAAGGCGCAAGACCCUGCAGCAUUUGGUGAAGAAUUCGCAAACAAGGCGCGUAAAGUACUUCAGACACGUUACAGGUUGCUGCCAUUCCUGUACACGUUGUUUUAUGAGGCACAAAUGGAUGGCUCCACAGUGGUUCGACCUGUAAUGCAUGAGUUUGCAGAUGACAAAGACACUUGGGAAAUUGACAGGCAGUUUCUCUGGGGACCAUCCUUGCUUAUUUCACCAGUUUUAGAGGAGAGCAAGACGACUGUUGAUGCAUACUUCCCAGACGAUCGUUGGUAUGACUAUUACACGGGCAAAGAGAUGAGCACUCGUAAGGGUCACGUGCCUCUAGACGCUCCUCUUGAUCACAUUCCUCUUCAUGUUCGAGGCGGUUACAUUAUCCCAACCCAGGAACCUGCCAACAACACUGCUUUCAGUCGUAAGAAGCCCAUGGGUCUGAUUGUAGCGCUGGGAGAUGAAGGAGAAGCUUCAGGACAGCUUUUCUGGGAUGACGGAGAAUCUAUUGACACCGUCAAAAAUAGCAAAUACCUGCUGAUAAAGUUCUCUGCUGAUGAGUCUGGGCUGACAUUUUCCACGGAAAAGAAUGGUUACUCAGCUUCAGACCUUCCUAAAUGGGGCUCGGUAACGGUGUACGGGCUUGAUAAAGACGAUAUCAAAACACCGCUGAGUGUCGAUGGACAAGAUAUGCAAGAUAAAGCUACCUAUGACGGGGACACCAAGGUUUUGAACAUCACUGGUCUGUCACUCAGCAUCAACGAAGAACACCAGAUUAAAUGGGGCGUGAUUCCCCCAAAGGGGACUGGACACCAAGUAUAUCCGUUUGCCACCGAUGCCUGUCUUCUACUGCUGGCUAUUAUUGUGGCAUUCAUAGAGCACUGAACUUUCAAGUUGCUUUACGUACGUCUCACUGUGUGUUUUUGUUUGUUUGUUUUGUUUGUUUUGUUUUAUUUUACUGGAGAAGUAGAUUUUAUGAAUCUCUGAUCACGACGGUACACGCCUAGUUAGUUUAAUACCGAAACUCUCCGGAGAUAUCAUAGAAAUUAAUUAAUCCGUGAAGUGAAACGGACUCAUCCAUCCAAAGCAUACCUGCAAUUAGCAUGAUUGUCGCCUGUACUUUUGAUUGACAGCAGAUUAAACCUUUUAAGAGUCUUUCAAGUAAGAGCUUAUAUAGAGCAAUACUUUCAUACGCUGCUUUUUAUUAUACUGUUCAUGGUGGUUCUACUUCUGACGUCUCUGGCUGAUCUGUUGAGGUACUAUUAAGUAAUACUGCUGUUUUAUGUUUUACAAAGUGAGCUCCCACUGGAAGCCUUAGUGCGUGAUUAUUCAAAUAAAGGUUACAGAGCAGCAAUAUUAA